UCGUUCUUUCGACUUUCAUAGCAACGAAAAAAACUAGGGUUUCUGGUGUAUAGCUCGUUGAGCACAAGCUCUCGGGGGUGGUUUUGAUUCGUUUUCACGAAACAGCCUUCUUUGAUCUCUCCGGUAAAUCUUCGGAUUCAUCCUUGUUCUCGUUUCUGAAAAUCGAUCGGAGAAAAAAAUAAAAAAUAAACAGAGGUUUGCGUUUUGAGGUUUAUAAUCUAUACACAUCAGUGGAUUAGGUUUUAUACGGUGUCGUUUCGUAUGGAUGAGAUCUGGGAGAAAGCCGUUGAAACGGCGUUGGGCGGCGAAACGGAGCCGGAGACUACUCGCGUCCUCACUCUCGACGGCGCAGUGAAGUGCGCCAAGGGCCUAUUGCCGCGUCCCGGGAUUCUCGAGAAGUAUCCAAACCUCGAGCACUUAUCUAUAGCCGGCGUCGGCGUCUCCUCGCUCGAUCGGUUCCCGCGGCUCGGGAAGUUGCAGAAGCUCGUGCUAUCUGACAACAGAAUCUCCGGUGGGCUUGAGUUUUUGGUUCAGGCGGGCUUGGGCUCGCUGCGUGACCUUGAUUUAUCGAAUAAUCGGAUUGGGCUUUUUGAGGAUCUGUUACCGUUGGCUGAGCUGGAGCUCCUGUCGCUUGAUCUGUAUAAGUGCCCCGUGACGAAGAUGAGGGACUAUCGAGCUAGGGUGUUCGGGUUGGUUAAGAGUUUGAAGUAUUUGGAUAAGAUGGAUGCUGAGGAGAAUGAGAUUCCGGAGUCUGAUGAUGACGAGGAGGAUGAUGAUGAUGAUGAGGAGGAGGAGGGGGAUGAUGGAGAUGAUGGUGAGGAGAGGAGAAAUGUUAUUAGCAAUGGACGUAGUGAAGUGGUUGUUGAGGUUGAUGAAGAAGAGAGCGGAGCUGAUGAUGACGACGGAGAUGAGAGGCCUGAAGUGAUGAGUAAUGGGCGCAAUGAAGAAGAUAGCGGAGCUGAUGAUGAGGAGAGGCCAGAAGUGAUGAGCAAUGGGCACAGUGAAGGGGCUGAUGAAGAAGAGAGCGGAGCUGAUGAUGAUGAUGAUGGUGAGGAGAGGCCAAAUGUGAUGAGAAAUGGGCGUAAUGAAGGGGUUGUGGAGGGUGAUGAAGAAGAGAGUGGAGCUGAUGAUGACGACGGAGAUGAGAGGCCUGAAGUGAUGAGCAAUGGGCAUAGUGAAGGGGUUGAUGAGGAAGAGAGCGGAGCUGAUGAUGAUGACGGAGAUGGUGAUGAGGAGAGGCCAAAUGUGAUGAGCAAUGGGCGCGAUGAAGAGGUUGUGGAGGGUGAUGAAGAAGAGAGCGGAGCUGAUGAUGAUGACGGAGAUGAUGGUGAGGAGAGGCCAGAUGUGAUGAGCAAUAGGCACGGCGAAGGGGUUGUGGAGGGUGAUGAAGAAGAGAGCGGGGCUGAUGAUGACGAAGGAGAUGAUCCAGAGAUUGAUGCUGAUGGCGAAGUGACUGCGGGAAGACAGUCCAGUGAGUUACGAGAUGAGCAUCUGAAUAUGGAUGAAGAAGAAGAUGAUGAUGAUAGUGAUGAGGAAGAUGAGUAUGAACAGGAUGGCUUGAUUGUUGAUGAUACAAAUGAAAUUGAGGAAGAGGUGAGCGAGGGCGAGGAAGAGAUGGAGCAGAGGGUGAGCGGUUUAGUUGCCAACGGAGCUCAAAAUGUACUUAUGAAUAUUGACGAAGAAGAAAAUGACGAGAGUGGUGAGGAAGAUGAAUAUGAACCGGAUGGUUUGCUUGUUGAUGAUACACAUGAAAUAGAGGAGGAAGAUGGCGUGGAAGAGAUGGAUCUUGGUGUGCAACAUGGGAAUGAGUUGCUGAGGAACAUCUUGGUUGGAGAGAUUGAACAUGAGCAGGAAGAGGAUGAUGACGACGAGAGCUGGGAAGAAGAAGAAGAAGAAGAGGAGGAGGAGGAGCAUGGAACAGGAGGCCGAGCUCAGUCUAUGGCAGAAGCAGUCCAAGUAGACGAGGAAGAUUCAGACGAUGAAGUUCAGGCUUUGUAUUCAAUUGCAUCAUCUAACCUAAAGAGGAAGAGAGAUGAAGAUGACGAUGGAGAUUCAGUUUCCAACAGCGAUGAUGAUAAUGCAAGCGAUGAUGUUUCAAGUGAUGAUGAAGAUGAGUAGUAGUUUGUGUUGAAGCAAAAGACGUUGGGAUUUUAAAUGGCAGUUAGGAAGUCUGGUCUUUUUGCCGCCUCCAAACACUCUUCAACUUAACUUUAAAGGCCAAUUUGGCGGAAUAUGUAUGGUUUUUUAAAAAUUUUAUAAACUUAAAGGCAAAAAGAUGUUCGUUACAUAACGUGGGAUUGGGGUAUUGUAAAGCUUUACUAUGCAAGCACGUGGGGGAAGAUGUGAUGCUCUUUAGUUUAGUGUAA